UCUUGACUUCUUGAGGACCAUGAUGCCAAAGCUGAAGCAUAGGUGAAUCUAUUCUUCUCUUCUUCUUUUUUGCGGGGCCGAGACGCGGCCGGAAGAACUCGUCGGAGCUGUCUACUCUGACAACCUUGGUCCGUGGAGGCGCCGAGAGCUCGAGACCACCUGGUGGCCCCUGCACCCCCUUGCCAGCCGCCCGCCGGUCGGGGUGUUCGUCGUCCUGGUUCUCCGAACGGUGGCGGCGCAUGCGCCGCGGCAGCCGCGGCCGAGGUGUUAAUGCCCCGCCGCAGCUGACACUGUGCCCGCGCUGCCGCCGUGGCGAAGCAGAGCGAUGUCCUCACCUGGCACUAGAAGGGCACGGACGCGGAGCAGCCGUCAACGCCAAGGUCAAGCAAGCGCGCAUCAGCUGGGCAAAGGUACGGCCGCCCUCCUCGCUUUCCAGGAAGUUUCAAUCUCCCGUCGCACCUGUCCUCUUUUCUCAAUCCGCCGACUCCGCGUCGCCACGACCUCGCGGUCUUACGAUGACCUCCCAACUUCCCUCCACCUACCUGCUCUGCUCCACAGUCCACACACCACAGAGCCGGUUUUGGGGGGCGUGUGCUCUCUCUGGUUUCAGUUCGCUGGAUACCACCGGAGGAUCUACCGAACUUCAAUUAAUUGUUAAGAUCCAAGUGUUCCGUCGGCCGGAAAAAAGUCUUCAUUUUUCCCUGGAUGUUGCUUCAUAUUGUAGUCAUGUUAAUCCUGGUCAAACCAAGGAAUUUUGCUGACAACUGAUAUUUGAGAACAUUGUCUCGAAAUGGUGUUUGUGUUGGUUAUCAGUGAACAAACAGAACAAACUAUACUCCCCUUCUAUUUAGGAGUGUUCCAUAGCUUUGAUUAAAAGUCCUUUUCUUGUAAAAAACUCUUUUGCAAAUGUACUCCCUCCGAUUCAUAAUAAAGCUGCCUU